AUGAAAUGUUUGAGAUUACAGAAAUCUUUAGUAGACACAUUUACAUGCAAACAAACGUAUUCUAUUCAGUUCAUUACUCAUUUUCAUUGUUCAACAGAAAUUUGCAAGAAAAGCCUUCAAAUUGUUGACAUCGCGAACGUUUGCAUUUUUUUCCAGCUUGAAUCUUUAAUGGUAUAUGAUUAG